UUCUACUGCGACUGCGCGAAUUGUCUACCGGAAACAGUAUGGUUCUUUUGGUGUCUGCUAAUGUUGUAGUCAUUUGUUAAAAGGCAGAGGAAAACUUUUACCGUGGCAGUUUUGGCUGUGGGAUCAACACCACGUAUCAGCAUUAUCUUCACUAUGUUUUUUCCGAGUUGAUAGAAUGAACAGUGCCAACAGAGAAAAGCAGAUAUUUUGUUUGUAGACAUUUUAUAGGUAGCUAACGGUUAGCUAGCCUGUUCUGGCUAACUGAGAGAUUGUCACUCUGUCAACAAGUUUUGUUCGACAUGGACUCCGCGGCGCUGGAACUUGAUGCUGUCACUUUUGCCAAAACAGCUGUAACACAUGACCAGAAUGGCAAAUAUAACGAGGCUGUAUUUUAUUAUAAGGAGGCAGCUCAGGCCCUCAUUUAUGCUGGCAUGGCAGGGUCCAAACUGGAAGGGAUCCAGGAGAAAGUGAAUGAAUACUUGGAUCGGGUUCAAGCCCUCCACAAUGCAGUUCAAGCACAGAAAAGUGACCCACUGAAGUCCCGGCACCAGUUGGACCUGGAACGUGCCCACUUCCUGGUUACCCAAGCCUUUGAGGAAGAUGAAAAGGGAAAUGAUGAUGAAGCUAUUGAACUGUACACUCAGGCUGUGGAGCUGUGCAUUAAAACGUCCAAUGAAACAUCUGAGCAAGUGCUGCAGAACAAACUGAAACAGCUGGCACGUCAAGCUUUAGACAGAGCCGAAGGUCUUAAAGAAUCCCAGUCCAAAACGGCUUCAGCUCAGGACAGGACGGGGGCUCCUGGAACCAAGCCCAGCACUGGUGCCAGUUCAGGAGGACCUGUCCGCCAGUUCCUCCCUCUUGGGCCAGACUUCAGCCUCAAUGACCGACAGCAAUCCCAAUCUGUCCGGGCUGUGCAGUCCAGUGAGCCCCAAGGUCAGCGCUACACAUCUGAGGAGAUCGAGGUACUCAGGAGUACAUCUACAAUCAAUGGCAUAGCCUACGUGCCCUUUAUGAGCGUGGACCUUAAAGAGCGAUUUGCCUUUCCUGUACCUUUCUCGGACAAAUCAGGGAAACUGGCUUUGUCACCCAAACAGAAAGCCAUCUUCUCCCGCUGGGUUCGGCCAGAUGAGAUCUGCAAUAACCCCACGAUGAUCAUGUCUGUGUCCAGCUUCAGCAUCAAACAGACGGUGGUAUCUGACUGUUCGUUUGUGGCCUCUUUAGCCAUCAGUGCAGCCUACGAGAGACGCUACAACAAAAAACUCAUCACCAGCAUAAUCUACCCUCAGAACAGACGAGGAGAGCCAGAAUACAACCCCUGUGGAAAGUACAUGGUCAAACUCCAUAUCAACGGAGUUCCCAGGAAGGUUAUUAUAGAUGACUUCCUCCCAGUGGAUCGCAAUGGAGAGUUAUUGUGCUCCUACUCCAGCAACAGGAACGAGCUCUGGGUGUCCCUGAUUGAGAAGGCCUACAUGAAGGUGAUGGGCGGCUACGACUUCCCUGGUUCCAACUCGAAUAUUGAUCUGCAUGCUCUCACUGGCUGGAUUCCUGAACGCAUCGCUAUGCACUCUGACAAUCAGUCAUUCAACAGGGACGACACCUUCCGCAUGCUCUUCCAGAGGUUUCACAGGGGUGACGUUCUCAUCACCACAGCAACGGGUGUAAUGACAGAGGAGGAAGGGGAAAGAUGGGGUUUAGUGCCAACACACGCUUACGCUGUUCUUGACAUCAGGGAAUACAAGAAAAUGCGAUUCCUGCAGCUAAAGAAUCCAUGGAGUCAUCUUAGGUGGAAGGGACGCUACAGUGAGCGCGAUGAGAAGAACUGGACACCUGAGCUCCUGAAAUACCUCAACUUUGACCCCAAGACAGCUCAGAAGUUUGAUAACGGUGUGUUCUGGAUCGCAUGGGAGGACCUUUGUCAAUACUAUGAUGUCAUCUACCUGAGCUGGAAUCCUGCACUCUUUAAAAACUCUUCCUGUAUUCACAGUACCUGGGAUGGAAAGCUGGGUCCAGUGAAGGAUGUCUACAGUCUUGCCAACAAUCCCCAGUACAGGCUGGAGGUUCAGUGUCCAGCUGGUGGUGCUGCUGUGUGGGUGCUUCUCACCAGACACAUCACUGAUAAGGAUGAUUUUGCACAAAACAGAGAGUUCAUCACGCUGGUCGUUUACAAGACGGAUGGCAAGAAGGUUUACUAUCCAGCGGACCCCCCUCCUUUCAUAGAUGGCAUCCGUAUCAACAGUCCACACUAUCUGACCAAGAUGAAGCUGACCAGUGCAGGAACACACACCUUUACUCUGGUGGUUUCCCAGUACGAGAAACAGAACACCAUCAACUACACACUGCGGGUCUACACUGGAUGCAAAUUCACCUUCUCCAAGAUCCCAAAUCCCUUCACUCACACAAAAAGGAUCAAUGGUCAGUGGAAAGGGCUCAGUGCCGGUGGCUGUGGAAACUACAAAGACUCGUACAAAAAUAACCCAAUCUAUCAGAUUAACCUGGAACGCUCCGGACCACUGCUCAUCGAGCUCCGAGGAUCCAGGCAGUACAGCGUUGGGUUUGAGAUGGUGACAGUGUCGACAGUGGGUGAUCCAGGCUCAGCUGCCUUCCACAAGAAGAGCAGUGGCGAUUACAGAUGUGGUUUCUGCUACAUGGAGGUGGAUCAUGUCCCAGCAGGCAUCUAUAACGUCACCCCCACCACUUUCCUGCCCAAACAGGAAGGACCCUUCUUUUUGGACUUCAGCAGUACUACACCCCUCAAGGUCUCCCAGCUCCAAUGAAGAUGGAGCUGGGAUUGGGAGGAAGGUACUUGGUGGCAUUGUGGAAUAUAUUUCUGAAACUGCAUUUUGGAAGUGCCAAGGCCUCCACAAAGCCCAGAAUGUGACUGCUGCUAGCAUUUCCCCUUCUUUUACUGAGACCUUUUUCUGAUGUGGACUUGAAUUUCAAAACUGAAUCAAGGAUACCACAAAUCUGUUCUGGAGAUAUAAUCAAGAGGGACUUCGAUAUGGACUAAAAUGCAUCAACCAUCAAGGCAUCUUGGGACAUGAGUAAAAAAACAAAAACAAAAUAACAUCUCUGCCAAAUUUAAAAACAGCCCAUUACAAGCCUCACAAAGUAAUGGUGUUAAGAGCAGUAACUCCUUUUACCCUAAUAAGGCACAGAAUUCCUCAAAUAGAACAAUUAGUAUCAAGAUUUUUGUUCUUAUUGUAGGCAAAUCUGAGUGAUUUCAUGGAACAAUAAUGAUCACACGGCCACAUCUGGGAUUCAUCGGGAUGUGGAGCAGUAACGAGGUUGAAGCUGCAGAAUUAGUGACAUGGGUACUUAAACAUAGCCGAUUUUUCUACUUGUUCACAGGAUCUGUUUUACUGCAGUGAACACCUCAGCACUAAAGAGCUACAGCCUUGUGGUUUCGAAUCACAGGUUUAAUUUUAAGACAAGGAUUAUGUAUUUAAGAUAUGACGGUACUUUUGGAUUGUAGCUGAGUGCAUUCAGCCUAAAAUGUGACCAGCAGCAAGCCAACCAGUGUUGAACUAUACACAUAAGUAAAUGAAAAGAUGAAGCUGAAAUUCAAAAUUAAUUAAAAGACCAGGGGAAAAAAUGAAUAACUCUCAUAUAAAUGAGAAAAGUAGUCCAAGGGUUUCAUGUUUGAGGUGCUCAUUACUUCAAAGCUUCAAAGACACUGACAACCACAGUUAAAAAACACAACAUGCUGUUUCUGAGAAGUAAUUAAAUCACUUGCAAAGUAUAUUGAAAUCUUAUCUGUUGUGAUAUCCACUUCUUCUAGCAAUUAAAUAAGCUGCCAAAAAAAAGCUGUUUUAAAAAACAGUUAACAUGUCAGGUGGAAGGGGCAGUUAGUUUCUUUGAACGACCAACAAAAUAUUUUCUUUAAUUCUCAGGAGCAGUGCAGCAGAGCAGCAUCACAGGGAAUCCAGUAUGGCAGCAGUUGAAUGAUGUCUCUACGUGUUGUCUGUUGAUGUGAUGGCUGAGUGAGAAACAUCAGCCUGAUUUCACUGACAGGCUUCACGUUGAGUUUGUUAUACAUGAGCGUGCGUAUGUGGGUGCGUGUAGAUGUCUGAUUGUCACUGUUACAAACUUAAAUGUCUUGCCAAGUACCCAUUAUAUGUUUACCUUUUGUUUUGUCGAUGCACUGCACUUUAAACUCUUUUUCAUCGUGUUUACUGUUUGGUUCAUCGGUGCAAACAGCAGCUCAUCCUAAGUCACCGUGUUUCCUCAGUUUAUAGUGUAGAAAGUUUAUUUUGGGUGAUGUCAGCUAUCAGCAGUCUGUCAUGUACAGAUGCUGCUGCUAUAUUCAUUGCUGCUCAUCUCUGCCAACCUUUACAAUUGCAUCACAAAUCCCUGGGCAACAAUAUGUGUUGCAAUCAUAGAGGUACUUCUGUAAGAGAUUGUAUUAGAUUUGGAUUUGGGCUAGAUACCCUGAAAUACCAAUGCUGAAGUUAACAUGAGGAAUAUGUUGCAUCAUGUGGAAGCAGCCGGCCAAUAUUAUGCUCAUUAACUGUAGUGUAUGCUUAGAGACAUUUGAAUGGGAGAACAUUGAGUCAACUCACCGAAGGACUUUUGAUCUCAUAAGAAGAAAUGUUCAGUGCUCUUCUCAUUGCAUUGCAACUUGCAGACUCAAAAUCUACAGGCCAGUUUUUUUCUGGAGUUUCCAACAUCAAAGUUUAUGCUUCACCUUGGGAACAUAGUUUGAAAAAUGAUAUGGUCAGCUUACUAUAUGGUUUUUGUUUGUUUGUUUGUUUUAGCUUUUAAUUGCAUCAAAGCUUAACUAAAAGUGAAGGGAGUUCAGUCAGUUGUCACAGAGCUUAUUGUAGUUGUUUGAGGACCUAAGAACCAUCUCUUUGAUAUUCAAGCACUUACUGUAAAGACAAGCUCGUGAAAAAACAGCUCAAGUAAUGAAAACUUUCUUCAGUCCAUCCAUCCAUUUUUUUAUUUUUAUGUUUUGUUUUGUUUUUAUGCUGGACCCUAUCCCAGCUGCUAUAGGGUAAAAUUCAGGGUACGCCACGGACAGGUUGGCUAGUGCAACUAGAUAGACAACCAUUCAUACUCAGUUCACACCUGCAGCCAAUUUACCUUUAGUUAACCUAAACCCACAGACUGCAUGUCUUUGGACUGUGGGAGGAAGCUGGAGUACUCAGAGAGAAGCCAUGCAGACACGGGGAGAACAUAAAAACUCCACACAGAAAGGCCCCAGCAGGGAUGGUAGAUUAAAACCCAGGUUCUUAUUUUGCAAACUCAGAAGUUAAGUAACAGACAGCAAACACUUGGGAAAUAAUUAUUAAACUUAAUUUAUUUUUAACUUUAAUAUAAUUUAAUAUAAUUCACUCUACAAAUGUGUAUUGUGGGCCAUUAUACUUGUCAUUUUCGCCCUUGUGAAUGGAUAUGAGGACACUGAUGUCAGAUCCACUGGCACAAGCCAUGCUUUAGUGUCAUUUUGGAUGGUCAUGCACCAUUCAGUUUCUGUAACCUCAAGUUUUUCUGUUCCCUCAAAAAUGCCAUAAAGCAAAUAUAAAUGUCACCGUCGGUGCACGAAGCAAACAUUGCAGGGUGUAUAAUGGGCCCUGUAGUGCCAUGGCUGCAUGCUGAAGAAGUCUGUGUUCACUGAGCACAAUGCACAGCUGUAAACCCCUGCGUGAGCCACCCUCAGUCUGCGCACAGCUGUUUCUUCUGUGAUUAAUGAUUUCACCAAUUUAAUUUGGAUUGUUUAUUCAUAAAAUGAAGGGGAGAAAUCCAAAACAUGCAGUUUACAGUGGUGUAAAACACUGAAAAAGAGUUAAUCAUCACUUAAAUAAACUUAUAAAUGAAGCAUUUUUGCACAAAUAAUUAAGUGAUUAUCAAAAUAGUUGCUGAUGGAUUUUCUGUUGUGUAACACGCCACGGGAUGCUGUGCUGUGCGCUUAGUGUUCACAACAUUACAGAAACCUCUUCACAAUAAAUCAGAUAAAACUGUUCAUCUUGGCUUUGCUUUUUAAUCAAUUUAUUUUGAAUAUUUUAAUUUCUCAUGUGAAUCAUGUACAUCUUGUCUGUGUACCAUUAUUCCUUUGCAAUGGAAAAGUGUGCAGUGGAGACGGACUGUAAAUGAAUUAGUAAUGUUGGUGUGUAAAAAGAUUGACGCGAGCAGUUCAGCUUUAAAUAUCCAUUGCGAGGGACUUCUUUUCACCUGUUUACUGAUGAUAAUUUAUUGUUGUAAUGAAUAUCCCUCUCUCACCAUACUGACUUGUCUUUUUAUUACUGACUAGCCGACUCAUUUAAAGAUGAAACAAGACAAUCUUGCAGCCGCCUGUUGUGUGAAUGAUGACAUUUGCAGAACUUGCACUAAGCGCUGAGUAGACUGGCAUGUUCAGAAUUUGAAUACAGAGAAUUAUACCUG